AUGUGUUUUGGGGGCCGGAAGGAUGAGGACGAGUACAAGAAGAGUAGGGAGAUCGAUGCCAUGAUCCAUAAGGACCAGAAGGAGAUGGCCAAGGUCGUGAAGCUCCUGCUAUUGGGCGCCGGCGAGAGUGGUAAAUCAACCAUCCUCAAGCAGAUGAAAUUGAUUUACACCAAGGACGGCAUUUCCAAGAACGAGAAGGAAGAAUGGAGAGUCAUCAUCUUCAACAACCUCCUGGACGGCCUGCGGAUGAUUAUUGAUGCGAUGGAGGAGAUGCAAAUCGACUUUCAGUACGAAAAUACGACAGUCCACCUCCCAGUUAUCCUCCAAGAAAAGGACCUCCGACCUUUCGAGCAAAUACCACUCGAAUAUCUCAGGGCCUUUAAGGACAUAUGGAAGGAUCCUGGAGUUAAAAAGGCGGUCGCGAGGGGGAAUGAAUACGCUCUUCACGAUAACUUGGGCUACUUCUUCGAAGACCUCGAUCGCCUAUUCCAGAAAGAUUUCGUGCCCACGGAUCAAGAUGUCUUGAGAGCGCGGCUGCGCACAACGGGGAUUACGGAGACGAUAUUCGAUCUAGGCUCGUUACAAUACCGUAUGUUUGAUGUUGGUGGACAACGAUCGGAGCGGAAGAAGUGGAUUCAUUGCUUCGAGAAUGUCAAUGCUUUGCUCUUCCUGGUGGCAAUCAGCGGAUAUGAUCAAUGUCUAGCGGAGGACAAGGACGGCAAUCAAAUGCAGGAGGCUUUAAUGCUCUGGGAGUCGAUCGCGAAUUCGCACUGGUUUAAGAACUCGUCUCUUAUUCUAUUUAUGAACAAGAUGGACUUGUUCAAGCAAAAGACGGCUAUAUGCCCUAUCUCGAGCUUUGGCUUCACCGAUUUCCAAGGCGAUGAGACCAACUGGCAGCAGACGAGCAAAUAUUUUAUGGACAAAUUUAUUGCCCUCAACCGGAACCCGACCCGAGAUGUUUAUGGUCAUUUCACGAAUGCUACAGAUACCGAUCUCCUCAAAGUCACCAUGGGCUCGGUUCAAGACAUGAUCAUCCAAAAGAACCUCCAAAAGCUCAUCCUCUAA